AUGAAUCACCUGUUUUUUUUUACAUGAAUUCUUAUGGAUGUUUUUUUAUUUUAAAAACCAAAUAAUGUUGUGGGUACUGUACUGUUGCACCCAAUGUGACCCCGUGUCCUAUAUUGAGAUUCACAGCCAGCUAAACUCUCUCUUGCAUCACUUCUUCCAAGGAACAGGCAGUUGUUGUAUUUGACCAGGAUUUAAUGCAAAAAAGUGUGUAACUAAAAAGAUGCAAAUACAAAAAAGUAUUUAAUGACUAGAAAUCAAAGUCAAUAUAAAAUAAAUUGUAUUACUGUUUCUAGAAAGUGCAUGAAGGGGUUAACGCUUAACUGUUAGUAGUUGUACAGGAUGAACUUUACCUUUGACUUUACUAUGCUGUAACACGUUAACACAAAUUAGCAUCCAUUAACACAUUCUAACUUACUUCAAUAAUCAGAUAUAUCAUGUCUAAUAUUACUAUUAAACUCAGAAAAUUACUCAUAUUGCCACUCAAAAGGGCUUCAAACUAUUGGAAUGGCUUUAGAGGGAGAGAAACACCCCACCAUGUUCUUAUUGCCAUUUUAGAAGCACUUAUUCUUCUCUUGCCACCUAGUAGCUAAACUACUACUACAACUAUAGAAACUAACGCCCUCUAGAGGACUGGAUAAACAACAAUAUAUUAACAGCUCCACUACAGGUACACUAGACAAGUGAACAUUGGCAGAUUAACAAAUGACAUGAAUUCCAAUAAAUACCAUGCAUGGGUUAUAUAUUAUUUUACUUAAUAUUAAAAUACUAUUUGUUUAUUUGUUUGUUUUACGAGCAAACAAUGAGGAUAUAGUGUGUAUUUGUAUUAAAUAUUAAUACAUAGAGACUAAAUAAAUAAAUGUAAAAAAAAUGUAUAUCUUCAAUUUGUUUAAAGUGGUGCUGCAACGGUGUGUCAUGCAUUCUGAUUUCUUUACAAUGUUAAACGUGCUGUCUUCUCAUGCUUAACAUGGUCAACGUGUCAAAAAACGAGUUGGGCGUAUUACGUAGUAUUUCUGUGCUCGAAACACUACCCCAGCGAUCGUACAGGUUUCGGAAAGUUUUUUUUCGAACAUGUAAAACUGUUUCGUAACCAUUUUUCUUAGUCCCUUAUUGGACAAUUCUCUCGGAAAAGCACGCGGCACGCCCACGCGGCAGCGAGGAGAGCAGGAGAAGGAGCAUGCGCAGACAUCACUUUCACUUGUGUGCAGGAGAGAGAGAGAGAGAGCAUACGUUCGCGAAGUUCAGGUGUUUGUUUGUUCACUGCAUUUGGGUGAUGAAUGUUAUAUAAACGGUGGAUAUUAAUGCUGGAUUUGGAGAUCGUUUGAAACUGAUAUAUGGAGCCGUCCCAGCGCUAAAAGAUGGCGGACAUGAACCGCAUGCGGUCCUAUUGUUCCUGAGGAGGUCCCUCAUUUGCACAUGAAUGUAGGAGCACAAUGGCUCCUUUGCAGUCCUGACAUCUCUUUCAAAGUGUGUCAUGACAGCAAAACCGACAAAAUGAUGUCCACGAGACUACUGACACAUCCAGUUAAGAGGAGUCUACCACUCAUCUGCAAUGCUGACUUCUCAAAUCUCAGAAGACACCAUGAGAACGUCACCAUAGCCCUCUGUCAGUCUGGAUCCUGUUUUAACGAAAGAACUCAUCGCAAACCGGGAAUAUGGUCAAUGUCACCGGCUGGCAACAGGUUUUUCAGCCUCACACCUGCUGGGAUUGUAAAUGCAGCCCCGGCACCCAUUCAGCCCUACCUCCGAUUAAUGAGACUGGACAAACCUAUAGGAACGUGGUUGCUGUAUCUGCCUGGUACAUGGAGUAUUGGGUUGGCUGCAGACCCCGGAUGCCUCCCUGACUUUCGCAUUCUGGCGCUGUUCGGUGUUGGAGCUUUGCUCAUGAGAGGAGCCGGUUGCACCAUCAAUGACAUGUGGGAUAAAGACUUUGAUAAAAAGGUAUUGAGGACAGCCAGUCGACCCAUUGCGUCAGGGGAGGUCACACGGUUUCAGGCUCUGGUUUUUCUCGGAGGUCAGCUGAGUUUAGCUCUGGGGGUUCUGCUCUGUCUCAAUUACCACAGCAUCGCUCUCGGCGCUGCUUCUUUGUCACUGGUGGUCACCUACCCGCUCAUGAAGAGAAUCACGUACUGGCCACAGCUCGUUCUAGGUCUUACUUUCAACUGGGGUGCUCUUCUGGGCUGGUCUGCCGUGAUGGGAUCAUGUGACUGGUCUGUGUGUUUACCUCUGUAUUUCUCUGGCGUAAUGUGGACAUUGAUUUAUGACACCAUCUAUGCCCAUCAGGACAAAGAAGAUGAUUUAAAAGUGGGCGUGAAAUCUACGGCUCUGAGGUUCGGCCAGCACACUAAACAGUGGCUGGGCGGGUUUAGCGUGGCGAUGUUGUCCGGCCUCGUUCUAGCAGGAGUCAACGCGGACCAGACGUUACCCUAUUAUUGUACACUGUCUGCAGUGGCCGUUCAUCUAGCACAUCAGAUCUACACUGUGGACAUCAACAGGCCUGAGGACUGCUGGAAAAAAUUCGCCUCUAACCGAAACCUCGGACUGCUUUUAUUUUUGGGAAUAGUGACCGGCAAUUUAUGGAAGAAAAGAAACGACGAUCAAUAUGAAAUGCAGCUUAACUCUGCUUCAAAUUAAAACGUCUG